UUGCUUGAUUACCAUUUUAAUUAUUUAGAAUUUCUUCCCGGCUCCGCUUCUGAGUUAAAAGAAUUUGAAACUUCCUUAUAUGAUGGGCAGUCCAUUGAUUUACUGAGAAAAAGGAUAGAUCGACUUAAAAUCCUCUUGAUGAUUGAGAGAUACCGACGGUCAGUUGCUACGCUUCAAGUGCGCAUUAUCAACGAAAAUCAGAUGGCACCGUUUUUCAAGAAGGUGCAUUCUCUUCCUAGUGAUCGUAUCUGUCUACAGUUUAUCAAAGAGGAACACUUUUACCUGGUCGUCACAUUCGUUUCAAAUGAAAAUUUGACUGUGAAAAUGAGUUUGUAUUUAUUGUGCACGCUGGAUGACAAGGUUCAGAUGAUGGAGCUAAACAAGGAAAAGCAUCUCAUUUCCGCUCCCAUUGAUGGUGUUGUGGACAUUGAGGCGAGAACCUUUGGUCGGACUGAGCACGACGAUGUGUGGACACAAAGUAUCAAGAGUAGUCGCUUGGAGCCUUCAAUGGUAAGACAGCUAACAACCGCAGUUGCCGCUGUUGACGACCGAAUAUCGUUUAUGCGUGUCUGCGAGGAAUUAGACAAGAAACGGAUUGGUUACCGCAGUGUUGAAGAGGAGCCACAUGUUGGAGGACUUAUUCUCCAUAUCACCGAUGUAUCUGCUGUGGUGGAUGUGCGCUGUGCUGCGUUUCUACGGAAUAUGGCUCGUUGCUGCCUUCGUUUGGAUAGUAGAGCAAGAGUGAUCUGGCCGCUGGAAUGUUGCAUGGUCAAUAUCCCACUCGUACGAGAUCUCAGCCCGUACAAGAAGGGACGUAAGACCGGAGUUUGGGUUCAUGAGCAAACUGGUAUCUCCGUUGGCGGCCCUGUCGAUACCAUUGCUACUUCUAUUAUCGAGCGGCUUACACGAUAUUCUAACAUUUAUGACACUGUAAACAGGUUCGCCAAAGCAUACGAUGCGCAUUAUAACAAGCUGUGCAAUGUGCAAGCUUAUACUUUCCAUAAACUAGUCAUUGCAUACGGUCGUGAACGUGACCAACAGCUGAUCGUGUCAUUCCGGCCUCGUAACACAAGCAAUGACCGCUUCAAUCUGAAUUUUGGACAGACUCUUCCCAUCUCGAUUUAUGACUCUCUUGAAGUGAAUCUACAAGAAACCACGCGAUGGAACGCUCAUUGCAUGAUGGCAACAAUUUUGAAGGAAAAGUUCAAUGCAAAGUCGGAUCUGACUGAGCUCGUGCACUACUUGGUAACUACAAGCGAACCUUUGCAUUCCCUCUCGUUCUUCAGUCGGAUACGUUUCCAAUCGUGCAAAGUGCUUGCACAAUUAUUCAACGUUGAAAUUCCAUAUCCGCUUAUUCUAAAGUUCCAUCUAAUGCCAAUCAAUGAGGUGACGCUACGUUUGACUUACGGGCAUAUCCAUCUGGAGUUCAUCAUGUUGUCAGGAGACCAAGUUGCUGUUCGUGAUAGUUCUCGCGACAAGCCUCGAUGUGCUGGAUUGCAUCAGUUCUUCCAUCUUCUCUCCAAUUGCAUCAGUGGAACCGCAAGAUCUUGUAAAGAAAAUGAACAACGAUUUGCUCCAACUAGCUCUCCUGCUCAACCAGCAUCCUUGCCACCAAAUAUAGUAGAAGCAUCCCCUGCCGGACUUUCGCUUUCUGCAUCAUUGUCGGUUCCGCCAACAUCAGAUGCAUCAGUGGUAUCUCCAGCUACGUUUGGGGCAGCAGCUGAACUUGAAACCUCUUCAGCGCCUGUCGUUAUAGAUCACGAAACAUUGCGACGAGCGUUCCAUUUUACUAGAUUUCCUGGCUCCAAUCUUCUACAUGCUCCUUUGGAUGACUACCUUAACUCACUAUGUUUCAUCAGAAAGUUGACCCUAGCUUUUGAAGCGCAUAUGCGACAUCAAUCCGCUGGCCGCGUCCCAUUCAGCGAUGUACGAUCUGGACUUGACUAUGUUCGUAUCACCGUGCCUGUAGCAGUCCCAUCACCUGCUCAACGCAAUGAGACAUCUGCACCACAGACGCCGCAGCAGAUCGGUGGACUCGUUUCCUUCAAUUUCCAUUUGGAUCCACACACAUUGUGUUUAAAGUUGAAUGUGGAGUACAGUGAGUAG